ACUACUUCCUGUUUGAAAAACUUGCAUUCCAAGUGAGAAGGUGACUCACGAUUCUAUUUCACAACAGACAGGAAAACUGUUAUACCUAAGUAAUUGAAAUCAUGGCAGAUCCUAGAAUCAGACAAAUAAAGAUAAAAACAGGUGUUGUCAAAAGACUGACAAAAGAGAAACUUUCCUAUGAAAAAGAGUCAGAGCAGCAGGAAGCAAAAAUAGAGAAAAUGAAGACAGAAGGAAAGGAUGAAUAUGAUAUAAAGAAACAGGUAGAAGUCCUAGGAGAGUGUAAACAAAUGAUUCCAGACUCCUUGAAAAGACUGAAAGUAGCCCAUGAAGAAUUAACUAAAUUAUUGGAAAAAGAAGAAGAUUUAAAGGAAGCUGAGGAAUACAAAGCUGCUGAGACAAGUUUGAAAGAAGCUAAUGCUGUAAUGGGAUAGAUGUUAUUUAUAAUUUGUAGUUAUGGUACACAAUGCAUAUUUUUGUUAUCACAGGAUCUGAUCCUAAGGUUAUAUUCCUUGCACCUUUCAUCCAUUAGUAAGAAGUAGAAUUCAUAAGUCACUAGAAUCCAUAUUCAUUUCUUCUUAGUGACUACUGCAAUAUAAACGACAAUGGUUCUGCAUUAAUUUUUGAAUAAUGCCGAAUUUUUUCUUGAAUCGUUAAUGAAUCAUAACAAGAAUGUGACUUUGGAUUUAAUGUUAUCCCAUCAUCAUUUUUUUUUUAAUUUUAUUUGAUAUAUUACAUUUCAAUUUGAAUUAUUUAUUGAUUUUAUGUUUGUGUCUUAUGGUAUUUGGACCCCAGGUUAACUUUUCAGGGGGUUUAAAAUAGCACAUGACAUCGGAAAUUGUUUCUUUUUUCUUCUUUUUUUUUAGAUAAAUGUUAUUCAAUUCAUCUUUAUUUUUUCAGAAAUUCUUUCCUAAAUUUUGCUUUACUUCCUACAAUAGCACUUAUUGAGAAACACAAAAUCCUACAUUUAAAAAAGCUCUGAAUUCCAUAUCAAAAUAUACAUGCGAGCAUGUUUGUAUAGAUUUUUUGAAAAUUAGAAAGCUUGAAUGAAAAUGGUAUGAGGGAUGUUUAUGUAUGUUUGAUACAGAAUUGUGAUCUAUUAUGGGUUUGGAACAAAAGAGAUGUUGUGCUAUUGAUUUAAAUGGUUGAUAGAACUGUGCUUUUUUAUAUAUAUAUUUCAUGCAGUUGUAUUGUGAACUUAGAAAUAAAAUAAAUUUCCAUUAUGA